AUGGGACAAGAAAAGCACCUGCUUGUCAGAGAGAAUGGAAUUGCGAUUGGGAUUGAACACAUUGAUGAAUUAACCAAUCUGGCAAAAUCAAAUGUGGCAAAUUGGCUUCAACGAGCCGACAAAGACGCUGUACACGGUGUGGUGGUUGGAAAGAAUUUACAAUUUAUUACUGGCGAUGGACGGCAAGGUUGGAAACAAGAAGAACCAUACGAUGCCAUUCAUGUGGGAGCCGCUGCGGCGAAAAUCCCCCAGGCGGUGAGCGCUGCGCGGGUUCAUUUUUGUCAUUAUUUCUGA